UGUGGCUGACGUGACGGAUCAACCCUUCACAUCACAGGAACUGACCAGGGCGAUAAAAGGGAGAGACACGGCCGCGGGAGCGGACGGCGUGACUUACUCCAUGCUGGCACACGCCGGGCCAGCCGGAGACGCCGCGCUGUUGGCCUUGCUCAACGCGUCGUGGCUGGCGGGCCGCCUGCCGCCCGCCUGGAAGGACGCUGACAUUCAGCCCAUACCCAAGCCCAAGGAGCCAAACAGCUUCCGGCCCAUCUCCCUCCUGAGCUGCACAGGGAAAACCGCCGAAAGGAUGGUGCUGUCUCGCCUCCAGUGGCGCAUGGGAGGCCCGCACCCCAACGUGUUUGGCUUCACUAAGGGCAAGAGCACAGCAGACAGCCUCAUCACCCUGCUGGUCCACGCCAACAACCGUCCCACCAUCACGGUCUUCCUCGACCUCGAGAAAGCCUUCGAGCUAGCCAGCCCACACGCCAUCCUCACCGCCCUCGUGAGAAAGGGGAUCCGACGCCUACUCGCCUGGCUCCAGGACUACCUCCAACAGCGGCGGGCCUGGGUCAAGUUUCAGGGCUUCAAAUCCUCCUUCAUGGGCUUCGAUAACGGGACCCCCCAGGGCGGCAUACUCAGCCCGUGCCUGUUCAACCUCCUGAUGGAGCAGCUGGUGGCGCUGCCCUUCCGGGAGGGCACCACUCUUCUGAGCUACGCCGACGACCUCGCCCUCGUCGUCACCGGGAGGGGCAACAAGCUCGCCAGGGCGCAGGAGGCACUUGACAUCAUCACCGACAAGUGCGAGGAGCUGGGGCUCAAGAUCUCCCCUGGGAAGUCGCGGGCCAUGGCCAUCAGGGACACCACGCCGGCCGCACAGCUGCGCGUCCAGGGAGUCGGGCUGGCCUGGACGUCCUCCUACCAGUACCUCGGGGUAUGGAUAGACCAGCAACUGUCCUUCACACAGCAGGUCACCUACCUGAGAGAAAGGACGCUGGCCCGGCUCAACGUCAUGAGGGCCAUGACGCGGCCGUGGGCGGGCGCCACCUUCUCCGUCCUCCGGCUUUACUACCUGCGGGCGGUGCGCUCCCUGGUGGACUACAGCGCACCUGUCCUCGUAGGCCUGUCCCGGCACCAGCAACGGCGCCUGGAGGUGGUGCAGAACAACGCCAUGAGGACCAUGUUGGGAGCACCGCGGUGGACCAGCGCCUGCGUGAUGCAGAACGAGACCCGACUGGUGCCCCUCACCUGCAGGGUGGACUGCAUCAUGGCCUGCCGGGUGGCCAGAGUGCUGCAGCGCGACGUGGAGGGCGUGGCGCCGGAAAGACUCCGGUUAGCCAUGGCACAGGGCGUCGAGUGCCUCCACAACAACGGGUGGCUAAUCGGCACCACUAUUGCUGCCAACACCAGCCGGCACGCGGGUAACUGGCUGUGGCGAGAGCCGGACCGCCCGCACCCCACCUACAGGCCUUCUGCCCCCUGGGAGCCCUCUGCCGCAGUGUUCACUGCCACACAGCUGCCCGCCAGCAAGGCGCAGUGCACUACCGCGGAGCUGCGUCAGCACGCCUUGAUGGCCAUCGCGCAGGUCACUGAGCGGGGCGCUGCGGUAUACUACACUGACGGCUCUGUCGACCCCGACAGCGGGAGGACGGGCGCCGCCUUCGUUACUGGUGGACGGCAGCGGGCGUGGAGGACAUCAGACCACUGCUCCUCCAUCCAAAGAAAGCUAGUGGCAAUCCUGCACGCCCUCGAGCACGCACAGCAUCGCCAAGAGGACACCGUCGUGCUCCACACAGACUCCCGGGGGGUCCUGCAGGCGCUACAAGGCCACCCCAAGGACAACGUGGGCCUCAUCACCGCCAUCCUGGGCAUCCUGCAAAGCCUUGCAGCGCAAGGCAGGCGGGUGCGGCUCCACUGGAUCCCCAGCCAUGUGGGAGUCAGAGGGAACGACGCCGCCGACGAGGCCGCCAAGAGGGCAGCCAAAGGCCCCACCGUCACCAAACCUGUGCGGCCAAGCCUGCAACAGGCCAAGACACAGGCCAAACACGCAGCAGUCCACCACGCCCACCAGCAGCUCCGAGAACUGGAGGGGACAAAGAAACAGGCAGCCUGGUACGCUGCGGCCACCGCCUACACCCAACUGGACGCCGCCUAUCAGCAGCGCAGGGCAGACGACGCGUUGCUGCAGCGCCUCAGACUGGGCUACUGCACCAGGGAGGAGCUGUACGACGGCUUCGAUGGGCGGAUAUGCGAGCACUGUGAAGAGCGCGCCCGCCGCCCCCUGGUGCACUACCUCCUGUCUUGCCCAGCCACCGCGCGCCUCAGACCAGCGCCAGCGGCUGCCGCCCAUCCUGCAGGAGACGGCGGGCCCCUGAGGCGGUGUGAAGCCAAGGCCGCCCUCACGGUCCGACACACCCCGACACAGGUCCUCCUCGAGGUGCUACGGGCGGCACCUCCCCCACGGUGACCAACGCCCGCACCCCGCACAGCCGGGCGACGUGAGCCGCGCUGACAGCGCUGCCACGACACCACGCCGCUAGCCUGCACCGCCACCGAACACC